GAAAAAAAAGUCAAAUCCUCAGGGCCUGGGCAAUUGUGCAUGUGAGUAAGUGUUCAUAUUACCAUGUGCAAGGUCCCAGGUUCAAGCCCCAGGUCCCCACCAGCAGGGGUGAGGGGGGAGGAGAGUUUAAUGAGCAUUGAAGCAGGUCUGCAGGUGUCUCUCUAGCUCUCUCCCACUUCUCUAUUUCUUUCUGACCUGUCAAAUGAAAUAGAAUGGAAGAAAGAAAUGGCCACCGGGAGUGGCAGAUUUGUAGUGCUGGCAUGACGAGCCCCAGCAAUAAAUUUGGUGGCAAUAAAAAUAAAAUAAAAUAAAAUAAAAUAAAAAGUCAAAUCCUCUCCCCUUCAUUCCUAUCAGGCCAAAUGGAAGCUCUGGAAGGCAGCCUUCUAGGAAAGUUAAGCACUAAGCAAAUGGAGUUAAAUGCAAGAAAAAGGAGAGAGCAGAAAUGAGAGAGCUAAAGGAGUUCCAUAAUGGGCUCUUCACCCUAGCUUAGAUAUACCCCCCUGAGGUAGCUCUGACACCCCAGAUUUGCCUCUUCUGCAAAUGCAGAUGUGGGUAGGUCCCAUGUAACGUGACUUCCCCUUUUGCCUUUAUUCAUUGAGUUCCCUCUAACUGCUUGUCAAUUUGAUCUGGGCUUUAGCUGUCACUGACUGUCACUGCGUGACCUACAGCGUUCAACCUGGUGGAGCCAUGAGCUUCAUUGUGGAAAACGUGUGGAAUUUCACUGAUGAUUUUGGCUACUUUGAAAAUUUCACUGGUACCCCACCCAUGGACGAUGACUUUGCUUAUAGCCCUUGUAAUCUGGACAGAGAGACAUUCAACAAGUUGGCUGUGGUCAUCACCUAUGUGCUGGUGUUUGUACUGAGCCUGCUGGGAAACUUGCUGGUGAUCCUGGUGAUCCUGUCCAGUCGGGCCAGCCGCUCAGUCACAGACAUCUACCUGUUCAACCUGGCCAUAGCCGACCUGCUCUUCGCCCUCAGCCUGCCCAUCUGGGCCACCUCCAAGGUCAAGGGCUGGGUCUUUGGCACCCCCCUGUGCAAGCUGGUGUCCCUGCUGAAGGAGGUCAACUUCUACAGUGGCAUCCUGCUGCUGGCCUGCAUCAGCGUGGACCGUUACCUGGCCAUCGUCCAUGCCACACGCACCCUCACCCAGAAGCGCCACUGGGUCAAGUUCAUCUGUCUUGCUAUCUGGGCCUUGUCCCUUGUCCUGUCAUUACCCACUGUCUUCAUGCGAGAGGCCUACAUCCCACCCUACUCAUCAAGCCCCGUCUGCUAUGAGAUCAUGGGCAUCAACACCACAAAAUGGCGGAUGGUGAUGCGCAUAGUAGCCCAGGUGUUUGGCUUCCUGCUCCCGCUUCUGGUCAUGUUGUUCUGCUAUGGGCUCACCCUGCGCACCCUGUUUGAGGCCCAUAUGGGCCAGAAGCACCGGGCCAUGAGGGUCAUCUUUGCCGUUGUGCUGGUCUUUCUGCUCUGCUGGCUGCCCUACAACCUGGUCCUGGUGUCAGACACCCUCAUGAGGGCCCAUGUGAUUAAGGAGACUUGUACUCGCCGCAUUCACAUUGGCCGGGCCCUGGGUGCCACUGAGGUCCUGGGCUUCCUGCAUAGCUGCCUCAACCCCCUCAUUUAUGCCUUCAUUGGCCAGAAGUUCCGUCAUGGGCUGCUCAGGAUCUUGGCCAACCGUGGCCUCAUCAGCAAGGAAUUCUUGUCCAAGGAGGCCAGGCCUUCCUUUGCUGGCUCUUCUUCAAGGAACACUUCCACGACCCUCUAAACCCUGCAUCCCUGUGGCAGCCCCUCUGAGAUCUUCCUUUCUCUCUACAUCUCAUUCUAAGCCUCCUGUCUGUUGACUGGUCACAGUCUCUAUGACAAGGUGGUCCCCACUGGGGCUCCAGAAUUUUUUUGAGGCCAUGUGCCAUGUCUCUUCAGAUCUCCAGUGCUUGGUUCAGAAAGCAGUUCCUCCCCCCUUAUUGUAACUGCUGUCUCAAUGGCUAGAGUUCUGUCUAUCCUUCCCUGAGCCCUCCUACUUUCUCUUCUCAGACAUUUUAAAGAAACUCUUUGAAGUGACAAACAACAACAACAACAAAAAAACAAACAAAAACCCCUCCCAUCACUGGGAGCCAUGGGUGGCAAAUUAUUUGAAUCACUUCCCCAACUCUCCCUCUCCUCACCUGCUAGCAGAGCCCCCUUCCUUGACAGACACUCCCUUUCUGAGGCUCCUGAAGCUAGUAGUGACCAUGUCUCCCAGGUCUGACUAGUAAGAUUGGCGGCAGUGGAGUGCUGGUCAACUACUCUCCAGGGGAAAGUCCUGGUGUGAAUGUCUACCAUACUAAUUUCAAGGGUGGUAGUAUGAGUACACAACUCACAACAUUCUAGAAAAAUGUCACAAAUGACUUUCACAAGCAGGUCCAAACUGGCUUCAGCACAUCACUUCUGAAGAGGGGAGCCUGUUUUGGCCUGGGGACUCCUGGGACAUAAAAUAAAAAAGAAGAUAUUAUAUAAGAAGAGACAUAUACCCACAUUCCUGGUUCUUGCCUUUGAUUGUGGUGAUAGGAUAUGAGGUGUGGUAAUGAGACAGUGGCUCCAUUAUACUGAGGCUGAGAAAGCCAAAGAAUAAGAGGAAUAAAGAGCCCAGAAGUAAACAAGCAUAAA